CCGUUACGUAAUCUCUCCGAUCGAAAGAUGAGGGUUUGUGCCUCAAUCUUCUUGUGCGGGUUGGGGGAUGUUGACGAGAGGGUAGUUUCAACUAAUCUAAUGAAAACGAGGCACACGCCAGACACGAGGGUGUCAUGAGGAUAAGUCAAUACGUUGGGUUUGGCGUGUGGAGGGUGUUUUGUCGGUAGUUUUGUUUUGUUGCACUGUUGUGGGGUUGGAUGGCGUGGUUCUUUGGUUUUUUCGUGCUGUUUGCCUCUUGGUGUUGAUUGACUGGGUUAUGGAUAGCCAGGUUAUUGCUUUAGAAACCAAGUUUAUUACUUUCUAUACACGCACAUGCAGAAAUGCCCAAAACCUCUCCCCAUUCCAUCAUUAACAAAUCCCAAGUCGCCUCCCCACGGUCGACAGCGUCCGAGGCCGAAGACAACAAGCCAUCACGACAAAGGUCUCCGAUUCGUACGCGGUCAUUUUCGGGGCAUUUGCCGGGUCCUCCCAGGCGGCUAUCCAAGGCUGAGUACGUUCCUGUUGCGGCAGAACCGGGCGAUGGAGAGGGGGAAGUAGCAGGCGGAUGUGAGCUUGAGGUUAAAAUGAUGACAAUAAAAAAGGCGAGACCCAAAGUAGAUGUUCACCAAAAGCUUCAAGAGGAACGUAAAGGAGACCUACGACGUCCACGUACCCGUCGUCGCCCCACGCGACCCGCAACGUCCCCACAACCCAACAAGGACCAUAUGCUGAACCUCAUUACAGCCGCCUGCAAAAAGUCUUUGGGAUGGGUAUCGUCCGAUGACGAGGACAGUCCCGUCAUGUCCAUCCCGCCUACAGUUGAUCUAGGCGUCCAGAUGUGGAAAGAGGAAAUGAAGGGCAUUGUACAAAGACGGGGUGGAUUUAAGAGCACGGCUGCGUCCUAUCCUCCGUCGCCCAUAACGAGGUACCUGUAUCAACAAGGAUACAUUCACUCCAUGGACGAUGAGGAAAAAGAGGAACCAGUGGUUUCAUCACAUCCACGUACGAUUCUCUUGGACCAGCACUUCGUGUCGGCUUCCUUGAUGCAUCCCGAGGAGACGAGUUCUUGUUACUCUGAGCAAAUUCCAUGGAGUGCUCCUGAUCCGAUCAAUCCUCCGGUACAGACCUAUCGCCCUUGGACGCCCUCGACACCUCUACACGGCGGUAUAGGACGAAAGGAAAUAACCACCUACGCGCAUAGAACAAGUGUCCCGCAACAUCAAUCUAGUCUCUUGUCGACCCGAUUUAAUCGAGAGAGGCACCACACGUUUCCGUUUGUGCAUACCCCGGAGGGCUCAGUCUGGAAUUUGGGACCUGCGAAAGAGUUAUUUAGAAAGUUGCGCAUGAUAUCCGAUGCGUCAGCACCGACGAUUGUGGUGUCGGAUGCUGGGUCGGCAGUGAAAAAGGGGCGUCGCUCGUCGGUGCGAGGGACGGGGGAAGGUUCAUAGAAGAUGCGUGCUAGACGUUGGGUGAAAUACAUGUCUAACCAUUGGCUGUAGAGGGCUGCCGUGCCGUGCAAAUAUUGCCCGUACACAUAUCAAUGAUUAGCGCACCUAAACAACUCAUGCUUGAAUUGUCUAUUUAAAUAUGAGCUACGAG